AUGGCUAUAUCAGCCCAAGGUCCUGGAAUACGGAUCUCAAUUGAUCGUGGUGGCACAUUCACGGACUGCGUGGGAAACCCCGGCACGGGCAAAUUAGAAGAUGACAUCGUCAUCAAGCUGCUGUCCGAAGACCCCUCCAAUUACAGCGAUGCUCCGCUGGAAGGUAUCCGACGACUGCUUUCCAAAUUCGAAGGCCGGGAAAUCCCCCGCGGUGAGCCGCUAGAUACCUCCAAGAUCGAGAGUAUUCGAAUGGGGACGACUGUGGCCACAAAUGCUUUGCUAGAAAGAAAGGGCGAACGGAUGGCCCUGGUUGUGACUAAGGGAUUCAAAGAUUGUCUGGAGAUCGGCAAUCAAACUCGCCCCAAGAUUUUUGACUUAGCCAUUUGCAAACCGGAUGUUCUGCACGAAAAGGUCAUUGAGGUGGAUGAGCGAGUCACGCUGGAGGACUAUACAGAAGAUCCAGCGCGGAAUAUAACGCCUACCCCUCCUCGGGACCAGUCUUCUUCACAUGCUGAAAUCGUGCGCGGAGUGUCCUCAGAGGCCGUCCGGAUUCUACAGAGGCCUUCCGAGAGCACCGUCAGGGCCCAGCUCCAAGCUCUCUACGAUGAAGGAUUCCGGAGUAUUGCAGUCUGCCUCAUGCAUGGAUACACCUUCCCAGAUCACGAGGCAAUGGUGGGCAGACUUGCUAGAGAAACGGGUUUCACUCAUAUCAGCUUGAGCCACGAAUUAAUGCCCAUGAUCAAGUUAGUGCCCAGGGCAACUUCCACGUGCGCUGACGCCUACCUAACACCUACCAUCCGCAAGUACAUCACAGGCUUCCAGUCCGGAUUUCAGGGUGGACUUGGCACAAGCACUUUGAAAAAGGGAUCAGACACAAAAGGGGCACGAUGUGAAUUUAUGCAAUCUGAUGGGGGACUUGUCGAUAUUGACAGCUUUUCCGGCCUGCGUGCGAUCCUGUCAGGGCCUGCCGGUGGAGUUGUCGGCUAUGCGCUCACGUCUUACGACCCCAGGACCGACAUCCCCGUAAUUGGGUUUGAUAUGGGCGGAACCAGUACCGACGUGAGCCGGUACGGUUCCGGUCGUUACGAGCACGUUUUUGAAACCACAACGGCCGGUGUCACGAUACAGAGCCCCCAGCUCGAUAUUAAUACUGUUGCUGCAGGUGGAGGUUCGCGCCUGUUUUAUCGCAACGGCCUGUUCGUGGUAGGACCCGAGUCCGCUGGCGCACACCCCGGCCCCGCCUGUUAUCGCAAGGGAGGCCCGUUAACUGUCACAGAUGCCAAUCUGUACCUUGGAAGACUCUUGCCAGAUUUCUUUCCUAAGAUAUUCGGGCCGAAUGAAAACGAGGCGUUGGAUAGAAAUGCGAGCGCAAAACUAUUUGAGGAGCUGACAGCAACGAUCAAUGAAAAAUUGCCUGCGGGCCAAAAGAUGACCCCGGACGAAGUCGCGUACGGAUUCAUUAAGAUUGCGAAUGAAUCCAUGACAAGACCAAUUCGCUCGUUAACCGAGGCCAAGGGCCACGACACCUCAAAACACAGAUUAGCAACUUUUGGAGGCGCGGGCGGCCAGCAUGCCGUGGCAAUUGCUGAAAAUCUUGGGAUCUGGCAAAUUUUGAUCCACCGCUAUUCCUCAGUGCUUUCUGCGUAUGGCAUGUCCCUUGCAGACGUGGUGGAUGAGAGUCAAGUUCCAGAAUCGAAAGUGUGGUCCCAAGAUGAAAGUACUCUAAACGAGCUAAAACAGAAAAUGAACGAGUUGAAGAAGGGGGCUCAGGAACGGCUGCAUGAGCAGGGAUUCAAGGACAAGUCAAUCAUAUUUGAAGAGUAUCUGAACUUGAGGUACCGAGGCACUGAGUCUGCGCUGAUGAUAAUCAAUCCCAAAUUUCAGACAACCGCAGACAUGCCCGAUGGUGGCGAAGACUGGGCUUUUGGUAAAGCGUUUGUCCAGCAACAUGAACAGGAGUUUGGAUUCACGCUACCCAAUCGUGAUAUCAUCGUAGAUGAUGUCCGGGUUCGAGCAAUUGGAAGGAGUUUUGACGAUUUAGGCAAAACCGUCGAUCAGCAACUGGAAGAAGCCAAGCCGCGGGAUGUAGGAGAUGAAAAGAGGUUUGGUGUCUCUCAUGUAUAUUUCGAAGGCGGGCGCGUCGAAACGCCGAUUUAUAAACUCAAAGAUCUAGACAUCAAUGACCGCAUUCAUGGACCGGCAAUUCUUGCUGACGGAACACAAACCCUGGUCAUCACCCCGAACGCAAGUGCUUUAAUCAUUCGAACCCAUGUUGUUAUCAAUAUCGGAACUUCGGAAUCCCGCGAUGCGAGAGUGAGCGUUAACUCCAUUGACCCCGUUAUGCUCAGUAUCUUCGGACACCGCUUCAUGGCCAUCGCGGAACAGAUGGGCCGGGCACUUCAGAAAACGAGCGUCAGCACCAAUGUCAAGGAGAGAUUAGAUUAUUCGUGUGCCUUGUUUGAUUCUGAUGGUGGGCUGGUGGCAAACGCACCACACCUACCGGUUCAUCUCGGUAGCAUGUCCACCUGCGUGAGAACGCAGUCCAAAAUUUGGGCUGGAAACCUUAAGCCUGGAGAUGUUAUCGUGAGUAACCAUCCUGAGUUCGGUGGAACGCAUCUGCCGGAUAUCACGGUGAUCACGCCGGCUUUCAAUGGGGAUAAAAUUAUUUUUUAUGUAGCAUCUCGGGCGCAUCACGCGGAUAUUGGAGGUGUACUCCCCGGCUCAAUGCCCCCCAGCUCAAGAGAGUUAUUCCAAGAAGGGGCGGCGAUCAAGUCUGAAAAGCUAGUUUCUGAGGGAAUAUUCAACGAAGAACGGAUCACUGAGCUUCUAUACCAUGAGCCGGCGAAAUAUCCCGGAUGCAGCGGUACAAGAUGCCUUGCUGACAAUUUAAACGACCUGAAGGCCCAGGUCGCUGCAAAUCAAAAAGGAAUUAACCUCAUAUCAAUGUUGAUCAAGGAAUAUGGGGAGGCUGUUGUGCAGUUCUAUAUGAACAACAUCCAAGACAAUGCCGAACUGAGUGUGAGGAAUCUCCUGAAAUCCGUCAGCAAAAGGUUUGUAGGGGCGGAUCUUGUGGCUUUCGAUCACAUGGAUGAUGGAAGUCCGAUCCAUUUGAAAAUAUCAAUUGAUGCGGAAAAGGGGGAAGCAGUCUUUGAUUUUGAAGGCACGGGCCCGGAAGUCUAUGGGAAUAUCAAUGCGCCGGAAGCGGUUACUUACUCCGCAAUCAUAUACUGUUUAAGAUGUUUGAUUUCCGAAGACAUCCCGUUGAACCAAGGUUGCCUCAAGCCAAUUGAUGUGCGGAUACCGAAGAAUUGUUUCCUUUCUCCCUCUGGGCAAGCGGCUGUUGUUGGUGGGAAUGUCUUGACGAGCCAGCGAGUGACCGACGUAAUUCUGAAAUGUUUCCAAGCCUGCGCCGCUUCACAAGGCGACACAAACAACCUAACCUUCGGCUACGGCGGUAAUAUCUCAGGAGGAGAAGAAACCAGAGGAUUUGGCUACUACGAAACCGUCGCGGGCGGGAGCGGCGCCGGCCCAUACUGGGAGGGCACCUCAGGCGUCCACACACACAUGACAAACACCCGCAUCACGGAUUCCGAGGUGUUCGAACGGAGGUAUCCCGUGCUGCUGAGGAAUUUUAGCCUGAGGCCCGGAUCCGGUGGGAACGGCCAGCACCGCGGUGGAGACGGGGUCAUUCGGGAUAUCGAGUUUCGAAUUCCAGUGCAGGUGUCCAUCCUCUCGGAGCGCAGGGUGUAUCAUCCAUAUGGCCUGAAUGGCGGCGAGGAUGCGCAGUGUGGACAGAAUAUCUGGGUGAGGAGGACGCCGAAGCGGGGGGGGAAGCCUGGUGAGUGGGAGGUGCGGGAGAUAAAUCUGGGGGCGAAGAAUACGGCCAUGAUGUUACCUGGUGACCGGAUAAUCGUGAAAACCCCUGGAGGUGGGGGGUGGGGGAAGUCGUGUGAAGAGAGUAAGGUGAGGAAGGUGAGGAAUCCCCGACAUGCGUGGAAGGGAGGGUCGUUAGCUAGCCGGACAGAAACACAGGAGACGAGUAUGUGA